AUGGAAAAAUAUCUAAGCAAGGUCAGAUCGUACCUCGCUCAGUUUGGGACUUACGAGGUGAGUCAAGUUCCAAGAUCUGGAAACUCUAAUGCGGAUGMCUUAGCCAAAUUGGCAUCAGCGUAUGAGACCGACCUGGCUAGAUCGGUCCCGGUCGAGAUCUUGGACACUCCUUCAAUCUUGGAGCCAGAUGUAAUGGAGGUUGAUACUCCAUCACCCACUUGGAUGGACCCAAUCGUGGAGUUCAUCAAAGGAAACCCACCGCAAGAUCCGAAGGAGCAAAAGAAGAUGGCGCGAAGAGCAGCUCGGUUCACACUUCGAGAAGGAAUGUUGUACCGACGUGGCUUCUCCCUGCCUCUGCUCAAGUGUGUGACUCCCGAAGAAGGCCUUUACAUUCUUAGGAAAGUUCAUGAAGGGUUCGCCGUUGUCGCUGUGGACUACUUCACCAAGUGGGCCAAAGUUGAGGCACUAUCUCACAUAACAGAGUCUAGGGUCACAUCUUUCAUAUGGGCAAACAUUGUAUGCCGCUUUGGCAUACCCAAUGCUAUUGUGACGGACAACGGAAAACAGUUUGACAAUGCAAAGUUCAAGGACUUUUGCAGAAAACUGGGUAUAAGCCACCUUAGUUCAUCCCCUGCGCAUCCAAAAGCAAAUGAGCAGGUCGAAGCAGUAAAUAAGAUCAUAAAGCGAGGACUCAAGCUAAAGUUGGACUCCAGAAAGGGAAGAUGGGCCGAGGAGCUACCUGAAGUUUUGUGA